CCGUCCCUCCCUGCCGGGGCGGCCCCGGCCGGCACCGCGCCCGGCCCGGCCCCUGGGCCCCCGGGGGGGAUGGAUGAGCGGCUGCUCCGCGCCCUGGGGGGGCUUAGCCUGCAGCCCCCGCGGAGCCGCUUCGUCGGGAGGCUGGUGCUGCUGCGGGGGCUGCCGGGCGCCGGGAAGAGCACCCUGGCCAGACAACUGAAACGUGACUCUCCCGGUGCUGUAGUUCUUAGUACUGACGACUUCUUUAUCGAAAAUGGGGUAUACAUGUUUGAGCCUGACUUCUUGGAGGAUGCACACAAAUGGAACCAAAAGCGAGCACGCAAAGCGAUGAAGAAUGGGAAAAGCCCAGUUAUUAUUGAUAACACCAACAUCCAUGCUUGGGAAAUGAAGCCGUAUGUGAUGAUGGCACGUGAAAAUAGAUAUGAAGUUAUAUUCCAAGAACCAGAUACACCCUGGAAGUUCAAUGUUCGAGAACUGGCAAGAAGAAAUACUCAUCAUGUCCCUCGAGAAAAGAUACAACGGAUGAAGGAGCAAUAUGAGCACAAUGUUACCUUCCACAGUGUUCUUCACUCUGAAAAGCCAAGCAGAGAUGAGAGAAGCUUCAGUGGACCAAAUGCAGUUUAUAGCAUGGGUGCCUAUUCCAACCUCCCUCCAGCCUUCUCAAGCAGACGACCUCACGUGGCACACAGAAACAACAUGCCAUUUAACUGAAGAGGUGGAUUCCUCAGUGUAUUUUAAUUAUCAGGGUAUAGAAGUCUCUAGUUUUACAUUUUCUUUCUAAACAGUUUUUUAUUCUUCUAUUUUUCUACUACAUUUCUAAAUUACUUUUAUUUCUUACAAGUUUUUAAAUGUCCCUGGAUUAUGAUCUCACAGCUCUACAUGACCACACUAUCCUCAGUACAAACCAUACUCCCUCACCCCUCUUCCUCCACAAAAAACCAUCCAAGCUUACGGUGAAAUUGACUGUCUGUGCCACACGCUUUUUGGGGGUUUUCCUCCUGUGUCGUGCUCUGUCACUAAUAGAUAAUGAUAAAUAUUCCUAAAUUCAUUCUUUCUUACAGGGCACACGGCCAAUUCCUUCUUCACGCAGUUGUCAUUUCUUGCCAUUUUAAUACUAUCUGGCUCUAUAGCCUUUUAUAUCUUCCCACUCCACCUUGUCUAGAGCAUUACUGCGAGCUUUAACAGAGGUAAAGUGAACAGUGGAAAAAGUAACUACUGGAUUGUAGCAAGAUUUGAUGCUGUUCCCUGUCUGCACCUCUGCUGUCUGGAUUCACGCUGGUCUUACCUCAGCUCUAUCACAGCCAAACAGCUUCUCCAGCCUAGAGAUUUCGAACACAUGAAACUGAGCCCUUUAUCUUGCCAAGACAUAGGAAUUCAACUGAUCCUGCGACGAGUCCGUAUUCGGAGGCUCCUAAAAGGAAACAUUAGUGUUAGGCUAGUGCUUGUUAACUUCUAAGUAGGAACAAAAAAAUAUUUUCCUAAGGGGAGAAAAUUCCUUCCAGCACGAAGUGCUGAGAAGCCGCUCUCUGAUGGAUGAGUAAGAAAGGAAGGCAUCCUGCAGUAGUUUUAUCCAUAUUGUUAAAAUUCUGCUGAUUAUGCCCUUAUCAAGAAGCCUCAUCAAACAUUUUUAAAACUCAGCAUUUGUGAUGACAAUUUUUUUUUAAGUAGGUAUGGAUUAUUUGGCAGUGCUUAUAGAACAGGGCAGUAGCGAGUUAUUUUGCAUAGGAAACAAAGGCAGCUCUCAUUGGACAUUAAAAAAUAUGGGUACAGCAGCUAUCAGCAAGCUUGUGUCAGCCUAGUAGAGUUCUCCAGUCCUGCUACAAUGUCCAGCUAGGUCACAGGAGCCACCCCCUGUUCAGCACUUGAGCCAAGGAAAUGGCACAGGACCCCUGAAACGUUGCUGAGGGGGAAGCUGGUGGUCUCAGUUCCGAAACAUCCUCCCUCUUUUGACCCAAGCCUGGUGGGGAGCAGCAGGGCAAGGGGCAGCCUGACAACAAACAAAACCGUGGAGUUGGCAGCCAGUCUAGCAGGAGUGUUGCUCUCUCCAGUGGAGAAACUCCAACUCUGAGAAGCUUCACCUGCUGAAAUUAAUGAGAACAAAGUAAUGAAUUCAAGUACUAAUGCCCAGCAGAAAGAUCUUGUGAUGAAAUCAAAGAAAGAUCUGAUUAUCUUUCAUAAUGCUGUGGCCUCAAGUGCUCCUUUAAGGAGUAGCUCAGAAACACUGACCAAGGAUCUAUCAUUAAUACUUUUGUAUGGCGUUUUGCUAUGAAUCAAAUAAUCAUAGCUGUUCUUGAAAACUCUUAGUGCUAUAUGGAAAGUAUAAGAACCAUGGCAGAAUUAGAGUAAUAUUUCAGAAUUAAAGUGUAACAAUAAACUUAGAGAAUUGUUUAUUUUGCCCUGUGCUGCUUCUGAUAGCUGAACAACUAUUCUAAUACUACAGAGGGUAACAAACCUGAUUGCUUUAGACUGAAACAAAGAUCCUGCUGUAAUUUAAGAAUAAGUCAAAAUCAAAGCAAUGGCUUAUAAAAUGUCAUCAAACCUUCAGCCACACUGAUGCUGUUGUAUGAUACAUGCUUGUGUGAAAAACGUAUAAUUACUCAACUCCAAAUUAUUUUGCAGAUGAAAUGUCACUUCAUGAGUCUGUUUUUGUAAUAUAGCUUUAUUAAAUACAAUCAGGAUUUAAUGUACAAAGUGUAAAAAUAAUUUGAAAUAUAUACAAUACUGUACAUGU